UCCGAUAUCUGGUCGAUCGCUAUCGUCGUCUCCUCUCCUUUUCUUCUAUACAUACUCCACAAAUCGAAACGCAGCCGAUAGAAGAAGGCGAAAAAGGGAAAAAACAAAAACCCUAACCCUAGCUCAACCUCAAUGGACUCGAAAGAAAACAACACCUCAUCAGAAGUAGAGAUGAAGAUCGAAGAAGAACAAGCGGCGGCGGCGGAGGAGGCGGCGGCCGACGGAGAAGCGGCGGAGGCCGAAGAAGAAACGAAGGAAGAGGGGAAAGAAUCCGAGAUGAAAGAAGAGGAAGAAGCUCAGAACAAUGGGGAGGGGGAUAAUGAAGCUCCCUCAGCCUCUAAUAAGCCUUCGAUCGAAGGCGCUAGCCCCGGGAAGAUUUUCGUUGGGGGGCUGCCCAAAGAUACUACCGAUGAGGCUUUCAAGGGUCAUUUUGAGAGGUACGGGAAGAUAGUGGAUUCGGUGAUAAUGAAGCAUCGAGGGACGGGGCAUCCCCGUGGGUUCGGAUUCAUUACUUACGAAGACCCGUCUGUAGUUGAUGCAGUCAUUACGGACACUCACAAAUUCGAGGGAAAGCAGGUGGAAAUCAAGAGAACGAUACCCAAAGGAGCAAUAUCUGGAAAGGAUUUCAAGACCAAGAAGAUUUUUGUUGGUGGCAUCCCGACAUCAAUAAAUGAGGAUGAAUUUAGGAAUUUCUUUUCAAAAUUUGGUGAAAUUGAAGAGCAUCAGAUCAUGCGGGAUCAUACUUCAGGCCGUUCCCGUGGUUUUGGUUUUAUCGCAUUUAAUAGUGAAAAGGCUGUCGAUGAGCUCUUGACUAAGGGCAACAGGAUUGAGUUUGCUGGAGCCCAGGUAGAAAUCAAGAAAGCUGAACCAAAGAAGCCUGGAAGUGCACCUGCACCACCCCCACCCACGAAGCACUAUAGCAAUUCUAGACCUGGUUUUGGGAGAGGGUUUAAAGAUCAGCAUUAUGGCGGUGCUGCAGGUCGCGGCGCUGAGUCUGGUGCUUACAGGUAUGGAAGAGGUUCUGGAAGUAGAGCGAGGGGUUACGGUGGAUAUGGUGUGAGUGAGUUCGAUGGUGGAUAUGGAGGGUAUGGAAGCAUGCCUAUAGGAUCUUAUCGAAGUGAGUCUUCUGUAGGGUUUUCUGGUCGUUAUGGAGGGGGCCUUGGUAGAGGUUACGGUUUAGGUGGUUAUGAUGGACCAUCUGAAAGCUAUGGGAGAUAUGGUGGUGCUACUGGUUAUGGUAGAGGUUAUGAUUCGGGCGCUGGCGUUGGUGGCUAUGAUUCUAGCGCUGGCUUUGGUGCUUAUGAUUCUGGCGCUGGAGUUGGCAGUUAUGGAGGUGUUGGUGGUUAUGGGGGAACAGGCACAGGUCUGUAUGGGUAUUCAUGUACACCUGAGCAUUCACAUUUUAAAGGGCGGUUUUCUUGA